AUGAGGGUCCGGCUCUUCGGCGUCUUCCUCCGUGACGUCUUGCACGCCCUGGUGGACAAGGACAAUGAGGAGCGCCUGGCGCGGGACCCGGACUCGGAGUACCGGGUGCUCCGGCCGGCCCCUGGCGGAGACCCGACGCUGGAGGAUCGGGACAUCUCCUUCGUCUACCGCGCGCCCUGGCCGUUCUGGGACCGGGACGUCCUGCAGCGGCGCUGGACCUUCCCGCUCGGCGGCGAGGGCUCCGGCUGCGUGGCGCUCGUCAUGCGCUCCUUCCACGACGGCUUGCUGCUGCCGGAGCGGGAGGACCUCUUGACCGCGUGA